ACAGGAAGAAUAUCACACUCGUCACCAUGAGCACCGCCGCAGCAGCCCCAGCGAAGAAAGCCAAGAAGGCAAGCAAGCCAAAGGCUCCAGCAGCCCAUCCUACUUUUGCAGUUAUGGUAUCUGCAGCUAUCGCAGCCUUGAAGGAAAAGCGUGGUUCAUCUAAAAUCGCUAUUACCAGAUGGAUUUUGGCUAACUACAAGGUCACUGAUGACAACAAAACCAGCGCCCGAGUGAGAUCUACUCUUAAGGGUUGCGUUCAGAAGGGCACAUUGAAACAAACUAAAGGCACCGGAGCUUCUGGCUCUUUCAAACUUGGAGAAAAACCCAAGGCAGCCAAGAAACCUGCAGCAUCACCAAAGAAAGUAAAGAAGCCAAAGAAGGCCGCAGCAACUAAACCAAAGAAAGCAGCCGGCGAAAAGAAAGCCAAGAGUCCAAAGAAAGCCAAGAAGCCCGCAGCUAAGAAAGCUGCCGCCAAGCCAAAGGCCAAGACUCCAAAAAAGGCAGCCAAGAAGCCCGUUGCCAAGAAACCAGCAGCCAAAAAGCCCGCAGCUAAGAAAGCAGCCAAGAAGCCCGCCAAGAAGUAAACACUUUUCAGUGUUUGGUCGUAACUGACCCCCAACCCUAAAAGUCCUUUUCAGGACUACCCACUUUUCUCAAAAAGUGUCGAAUGACAUCUCGAAUUACGCUACGCACUUUUUUUCACUAAACAUACCUUACAUUUUAUUAAGGUAUUUUUAUCUGUUUCUGACGUGUCAGAAACUGAAUACAAAGCAAUUACUGCAAUUGAACUGGAUUUGAUCAACAAUGGACAAGAGUCUGUACAGGUAAGGCAAUUAACCUCUCCUCUGUCCGAGACCGCAGGCUGUGACAUACCUGGUAAGGCUAGAUAAUCUAAUUACGUAAUAAAAAACAGCUGAAGGGCAA